CUCUGGCUCCUCUUACUGACCAAUCCUCGUCCCAAAAUACCCAAGAGCCAAUGGAGUGGGAAAACCCGGGACCCCAGAGAGAGGGAGAGAGGGCAAAGCUGCCGGAUUACAGGGGGAGGAGGAAUCCAUUUAGGAGCCGGUUUAGCCCGGGAGCUGUGGAACAUUUGGAUUCCUCCGGGGACCGUGGUGACUUGUGGAUAGCAGGGCUGCUCUGCUGAUUCACUUCCACCACUGCCAGCAUGGUGAUCAAAGUCUUCGUCGCCACAUCUUCGGGGUCUACAGCGAUAAAAAAGAAACAGCAAGAAGUUGUGGGCUUUUUAGAGGCCAACAAGAUCGACUUUCAGCAAAUGGACAUAGCAGGAGAUGAGGACAAUAGGAAAUGGAUGAGAGAGAAUGUCCCAGGUGAAAAAAAGCCUCAGAAUGGAAUUCCCCUCCCUCCACAGAUCUUCAACGAGGAGCGGUACUGUGGGGAUUUUGAAUCCUUUUUCUCUGCUAAGGAAGAAAAUAUUAUUUAUUCGUUCCUGGGCCUUGCUCCUCCUCCAGGCACAAAGGAGACUGAAAAGUCUGAUGCCACAGAGCAGAAGUCUGAUGCCACAGAGGAGAAAUCAGAAGCCACAGAAGAUAAAUCUGAUUCUAAGGAUGAAAAAUCUGAUGCCACAGAUGAAACUGAGGCACACACAGGAGACAAGGCAGAUGAAGGGGCUCCUGAAGAGGCUCAGUCUGAGCAGACACCACCAGAAGAUCAGCAGGAAGGCAAAGAAGAGCAUGCAGCAACAGGGGAAGAAGAAAAGCAGGGAGAGGGAGAAGAAAAAGAAGAGGUGGAGGAGCAGGAAGAGUCUUAGUACAGUUCUCUAUGACACAAUAUUUCUUGAACAGGUUUUCAGGAAGCACCAGCUGGAGCCACCCCACCAAAGAAAAGAAAAUCCCUUUCCCAAGCAAAGCACCACUACCUUUUGUGCCUGUAUGAACACAAAAACAUAAACAGAACACAGACACCACUCUGUCCCACCUGCAGCCUUUAUCUAUAUAUUUGGUAUUCCAGAUGCUUGUUAAAAUGGAUCUCAUGUCUGACAGAUGGUAUUUCAGUCAAUUGUUAUGUGUUGGGGAUAGUUUUGUCCAUGUCACAUUUAGAUUGUGAGCUCCCCAGGGCAGGAACCAUGUCUCUCUCCAUGUCCAAACACUGCCAAGCACGCUGCUGCCACUCAGCAGCCGACUGCACUCACACCACUGACGUCUUCAGAGGAAAAGAAAAUCAGCACUGAAAACUUCAAAGAGGCUUCCUGUACACAAGCCAUGUGAGUCACUUCUCCCUCAGCUGGCAUUUGAAAUGAUUGAGAUUCCCAUUGUGCAGCAGUUUAAAUAAAUGUGUUUUCUGUCGUA